AUGGGAAUCAUACCCUCACCACCAUCUACCAAAACUUUAUACGCUAUGGGUUUGAUUCGUGAUGCUAUCGGCACGGCACUUGGUUCCGAUCAAGUAGCCAACGGCUUCAACGGGCCCAAGUUGCCUUUUGGAAACAAGGGCAGCAGCAUCCGUGACAUGAGACGCUCAGCACUAUCCUCACCUUCUCGUCAAGGGUACAUUUCCGAAAUCAGUUACCAGAAUGACAGGGGUUUGUACCCACCAGAGGACAUGCAGAGAGGUAUGGCAAGACAGCAGGGGUACAACGGUUAUCAAAAUCGAGGCCCACCACUACCUCCCCGCUGUGAGCCUCCUCCAUAUGCCAGCGAUAACCAAAGCUGGUAUCAAGAAGAGCCUUACAACGGCCAACGCUUUGACGAACAGCCUUACAAUGGUCAACGCUUUGAUGAACAGUCAUACUACCAGCAAGGCCCCGUCCGAGACAUGGGGUACCCGAGAGAUAUGGGGUAUUCUAGUAGGGAUGCUGGUUUCCGCCCGAUCGCCUUGCCUCAGAUUUCUUAUGGUGACGGACAACCUUUCCUUCGAGGCUACUCAAAUGAGCUAAGCAGAUAUGGCAUCUCUGAAGCGGAGUUCAUUCGACUUGUUGAUGCCAUCAAUGUUGCAAUUAUUCCCAGUCCCGAGAACCAAAUUUUCCAAAAGGGUGCAAAUAUCGCUGGAUGGUUUGUGUAA